UCCGCGCGCCCGCGUGCCGCAGCCCGCGUCGUCCACCGCCGCGCGCCUCCGCCGCCCCGCGCCGCUGCCGCCGCCGCCGCCGGGCUCGCUGGGUGGCGGGCUGCUGGCGCCGGGCUCCCGCCGGAGGAGAGGACAAGCAGCGCCGCCGCCGCCGCCGCCGCUUCGGCCCGGGCCCGGGCGUCGGCCCCGCCCCGGGCCCCGGCCCCGUGUCCAGCCCGGCCAUGAAGUGUCACUACGAGGCGCUGGGGGUGCGGCGCGACGCCAGCGAGGAGGAGCUCAAGAAGGCCUAUCGGAAGCUGGCCCUGAGGUGGCACCCGGAUAAAAAUCUGGAUAAUGCCGCAGAAGCAGCCGAGCAGUUUAAAUUAAUUCAAGCUGCGUACGAUGUGUUGAGCGACCCCCAGGAAAGAGCAUGGUAUGAUAAUCAUAGAGAGGCCUUACUUAAAGGAGGGCUUGAUGGAGAAUACCAAGAUGACAGUUUAGAUUUGCUUCGUUACUUCACUGUUACCUGUUAUUCCGGCUAUGGAGAUGAUGAAAAGGGUUUCUAUGCAGUGUAUCGUGAUGUCUUUGAGCUAAUUGCAAAAGAAGAACUAGAAUGUGUGUCAGACGGAGAUAUUGAGGAUUUUCCAAACUUCGGGGACUCCCAGAGUGACUAUGACACGGUGGUCCAUCCUUUCUACGCUUACUGGCAGAGUUUCUGCACACAAAAGAAUUUUGCUUGGAAGGAAGAAUAUGAUACUCGGCAAGCGUCAAAUCGCUGGGAAAAACGGGCGAUGGAAAAAGAAAACAAAAAAAUCCGAGACAAAGCAAGGAAAGAGAAAAAUGAACUGGUGCGCCAGCUUGUAGCCUUCAUUCGAAAACGAGACAAAAGGGUGCAGGCUCAUCGGAAGCUUGUGGAGGAGCAGAACGCAGAGAAGGCGAGGAAGGCAGAGGAGAUGCGGAGGCAGCAAAAGCUGAAGCAAGCCAAACUGGCAGAGCAGUACACGGAGCAGAGCUGGAUGACUAUGGCCAACUUGGAGAAGGAGCUCCAGGAGAUGGAAGCGAGGUACGAGAAGGAGUUUGGAGAUGGAUCGGACGAAAAUGAAGUGGAGGAACAGGAGCCCAAACACGGAAUGGAUGAGAAAGACAGCGAUGAGGCUGAGGAGGUUGAACUCUAUGAUGACCUUUACUGCCCAGCUUGUGACAAGUCCUUCAAGACAGAAAAGGCCAUGAAGAAUCACGAGAAGUCAAAGAAGCAUCGAGAAAUGGUCGCCUUGUUAAAGCAGCGGUUGGAGGAAGAGGAAGCACAUUUUUCAGGAGCGCAAGUGGAUGAAAACUUAUUGGAUGCCAAUUCUGAGGAAGAAAUAGAAGAUACACCAAAGCAAAAGCUUUCUAAAAAACAGAAGAAAAAGAAACAGAAAUCAGCUCAGAAUUAUGAUAGCAAUUUCAAUGAAAAUGGAGCUGAAGAAGGAGUAAAGGCUGACCCAGAAGAUGCUAACUUAAAUGAAGAUAUUGCCAAAGAAUUAGAAAAUAGGCCCCAAGAAAAAGACUGUGUCACAGAGACCACAGAAAUCUGUGAGGCUCCACAGAGUGAAGCUAAAAGUGUUCCUAAAUCCAAAGGAAAGAAAACCAAAGAUAUGAAAAAAUCUGUCAAAAUACCUGCUGAACCACAAACAGUGAGUGAAGUCCUUAUCAACUGUGCAACCUGCCAUAGGGAAUUUCCAUCUCGGAAUAAACUUUUUGAUCAUCUAAAGGCUACUGGUCAUGCAAGAGCAACCUCAGCAUCAUCAUCUUUAAACAGUGUAACAAGUAGUCGAAACAAGAAAGAGAAGCGUAAAAACAGAUAGGAAUUCUGCCAAGUCUUUCUUUUUCUUUUUCUUUUUUAAUUCUGUCUCUAGAUUUUGAAACCAAAAACUGAACUGAAAUAAUCUAGAGUUAAAGUUUCAGUGAUCUGCAAUUUAUUGCAUUGUGGAAGAUUAUUUUUAUCUUAUAAAGACAUUUUUGUUUAAUAUAUCUAUAUUUUUAAACAUUUCACUAGUGAUUGAAUUCUACCUAUGCCAUCUGAAAUUCACUUGAAUGUUUCAUGACAGGUAAAUAUUAUAAAUGUGUAUCUUGAUUUCUCAUGUGAACAGAAAUGUACAGGGAAAAUUAAAUUAUUUUGACACAUACAUGUGCCUCUUCUGCUUCAGUGUUUUCAUUCUGCAGUGCUUUAUUUACUUUUUUUUUUUAUGUUUCCUGAUUUCUCAAAACCUCAGAUCUCUUUAAACA